AUGUUUGUAACAUCUUGGAUCUGGGUAACAGUGACAAUACUCUGUUGUGUUUUUUGGUUUAUUAUACGAAGGAGGAGGAGGCGGCGACGAGGUGAACCACCACUUGAAAAUGGGUUCCUUCCAUACCUGGGCUGUGCCUUGCAGUUUGGUGCCAACCCUCUCGAAUUCCUCAGGGAAAAGCAGAAGCAGCAUGGCCACAUUUUUACUUGCCAAGUAGCUGGAAAAUACAUUCAUUUCCUCACUGACCCUUUUUCAUACCAUUCAUUGAUACGCCAAGGAAAACACUUGGACUGGAAAAAGUUCCAUUUUACUACUUCUGCCAAGGCUUUUGGGCACGGUAGUAUUGACCCAAUAGAGGGAAACACUACCGAAAAUUUUCAUCAGACUUUCAUUAGAACUCUUCAAGGUAAUGCUUUAGAUCCCCUCAUUGAAGCAAUGAUGGAAAACCUACAAUAUGUCAUGCUGCAAUCAAGAACAUCGAAACUCCAGCCUAAUACCUGGGUGACAGAAGGACUUUAUGCAUUCUGUUGCCGAGUGAUGUUUGAGUCUGGCUUUUUAACACUUUUUGGUACAGAAUUUAAUUCAAGUCAUGAUAAAAAUCUGUCAAAGCAGGAAACUGAGAGAGCUCAUAUCCUAAAUGCCCUUGAAAACUUCAAGGAAUUUGAUAAGAUCUUUCCAGCCCUUGUGGCAGGCCUGCCAAUUCAUUUGUUCAAGAGUGCCCACAGUGCACGUGAGAAGUUGGGAGAGGCACUGCUCCACAAGAACCUACUGAAGAGGAACAAGCUCUCCGAGCUUGUCACCCUCCGCAUGUUCCUGAACGACACUCUGUCAACCUUUGAUGACAAGGAAAAAGCAAAAACCCAUGUGGCAGUGCUGUGGGCGUCACAAGCCAACACCAUUCCUGCCACUUUCUGGAGCUUGUUCUAUCUUAUUAAGAGUCCAGAAGCAAUGAGAGCUGCUACUGAAGAAGUGCAAACUGUUUUGGAAAGUGCUGGAGAAAAGAUCAGCUUAGACAGAAAAAAUAUUUCCUUGAACCGAAAACAUUUGGAUAAUAUGCCCGUACUAGAUAGCAUCAUCAAGGAAGCAAUGAGGUUAUCAAGUGCCUCCAUGACUUUCCGAGUUGCUAAGGAGGAUUUCACAUUGCACUUAGAGAAGGAGUUUUAUAACAUUCGCAGAGAUGAUAUCAUAGCUCUUUAUCCUCAACUGUUGCACUUUGAUCCAGAAAUCUAUGCUGAUCCCUUGACAUUCAAGUAUGAUCGCUAUCUUGAUGAGAACGGAGAAGAAAAGACCGACUUCUACCGCAAUGGUCGCAAGUUAAAAUAUUAUUACAUGCCAUUUGGGACAGGAAUUGCAAAGUGUCCUGGUAGGCUAUUUGCUGUCCAUGAAAUUAAACAAUUUUUGACUUUGAUACUUUCAUAUUUUGAGAUAGAGCUUGUGGAUAGUAAUGUGCAAUGUCCAUCUUUAGACCAAUCCCGUGCAGGACUGGGUAUUUUACAACCAACCAAUGAUGUUGAUUUCAGGUACAGAUUGAAAUUUGCAUGA